AUGUGUAUUGCUUACCGGCAAUUGAACAAAGUAAAGGUCAAGAAUAAGUAUCCACUGCCGAGGAUUGAUGAUUUGUUCGACCAGCUUCAGGGUGCCAGGGUAUUUUCCAAAAUUGACUUGCGAUCUGGUUACCAUCAGUUGAGGAUUAGGGCAUCCGAUGUCCCUAAGACAGCUUUCCGUACUCGGUAUGGGCAUUAUGAGUUCUUGGUCAUGUCAUUUGGGUUGACCAAUGCCCCAGCAGCGUUUAUGGAGUUGAUGAACCGAGUGUUCAGUCCAUAUUUGGACAUGUUCGUGAUAGUCUUUAUUGAUGAUAUUUUGGUGUACUCCCGCAGCCAGGAGGAGCACGAGCAGCACCUCAGAGUGGUUCUUCAGACUCUGAGGGAUAGUCAGUUAUAUGCUAAGUUCUCGAAGUGUGAAUUC